AUGGCGUGUCAACCAAUCCCACCUGUCCAUUUUGUCCUUACGUUCACUCACUCUGCCGAUACCACAGUAAGGCGACCAAACUACCGGAUUGGGUCUUACUUAAAUGGACAAGGCAGCAAUUUCCAGUUUCCUUCAUCUUACGUGUAUGAUCCUCGACGAUCCAGGGAGCAUGUUCAAGAAAACUACAGGCACUUGAAUCGAACAUGGCAAGGUUCGUAUGAUGGUGUCGAAGUAUGGGAUGGGUCUGAUUUAAUUGAGCAUUCGAGAUCAAAUUUGUCUACCAACAUCUCUCGUGAUGAUCGUGUCCGGGCCAAUUUCUCACAAGAAACAAUUCUACGACAUUUGAAAACAAGAAAGUUCGCUACUUCGGAAGAGGCAAAAGCCACAAACGAAGGGCCUGAUAUCUGUGUGGUGUGCCAAUGCGAAUACGGAGACCAUGAGAGCAUUGGACGCCUUCGAUGUGGACAUGAAUACCAUGUCGAUUGCAUUACGAGGUGGUUGUGUCAGAAAAAUGUCUGUCCCGUCUGCAAAGCCACCGCAAUACCAAGAAGGGAAGAAGCAGCUCGUGUAUAG